CUCAAAGAUUUGCCAUUCACAAUAUUACAAGACAUACAAACAGCCAUGGGUAGCAAUGACUCCACUCGUAUCCAGACAGCAUGCGCCGUCCUCAACAGCUAUAGCGCCCUCACCGUUGAAGCUCUCCUGAAACCACUUGCGGACGACUUCAUACAUCAAGUCUUUCCUUCAUCCUUGGAAUUUCCACCACGAGACAGAGAAUCCUUUGCUGCUCAUGCGAGCGGAGUCACGUCGAUCUUCAGCAGUUUUGCAAUGGUUCCACACAACAUGUUCGAAGAUGCCUCCAAAAACACUGUGAUUGUUCAAGCGAAGAUGGUUGGGGAAUUGCAUGGGAUGGGGAAGUGGGAAAAUGAGUGUGUGAUCUUCAUGAAGAUGUUGGAGGAUGGGACGAAAGUUGUGGAGACCACGGAGUUUGUGGAUAGUUUGAGGUCUAAGCAGCUUCAGGAGAAGUUGAUGGCGGGAUCGAAGGGAAAUGUAUUGAAGAACGAUGUCUAGCCAAGGCAUAGGAAAGCUAUUGGAGCAAGAAAUUUAUCAGUGAAGGAAAUAAUAAAGAUCACCCGUAUGCG